CAAAGGAGGAAACGACAACACCUACAGAAAGAUUCAAUGAAACAGAAGAAGAGUUGACACACACAAAAGGUUUCACUGUAACUGAGAAAUCAGUAACAGCAGAAAUACCAACAACUAAUUACGUUUACACUCUAUCACAGCAAGAAGUUACAACACCAAGACAAAGAUUCAAUGAAACAGAAGACGACGUCACACACAAAGAAAGUUUCACGGUAACUGAAAAAUCUGUAACAACACCAAAAGAACUAACAACUACUGAGCUCUACUCUGUAGCACAGGAGGAAAUGACAACACCUUCAGAAAGAUUCAAUGAAACGGAAGCAGAGUUGACAUCCAAAAAACCGACAACAACUGAAGUCUACACUGUACCACAGGAGGAAAUGAUAACACCCAGACAAAGAUUAAAUAGAACAACAGAGAAGUUGACGCCCAGAGAAGGUUUCACUGUGACUGAGAAAUCAGUAACAACAGAAAUACCAACAACUAAUUACGUUUAUACUCUAUCACAGCAAGAAGUUACAACACCAAGACAAAGAUUCAAUGAAACAGAAGACGACGUCACACACAAAGAAAGUUUCACGGUAACUGAAAAAUCUGUAACAACACCAAAAGAACUAACAACUACUGAGCUCUACUCUGUAGCACAGGAGGAAAUGACAACACCUUCAGAAAGAUUCAAUGAAACGGAAGAAGAGUUGACAUCCACAAAACCGACAACAACUGAAGUCUACACUGUACCACAGGAGGAAAUGAUAACACCCAGACAAAGAUUAAAUAGAACAACAGAGGAGUUGACACCCAGAGAAGGUUUCACUGUGACUGAGAAAUCAGUAACAACGGAAGCAUCAACGACUACUGACCUUUACACUGUAACUCUGGGGAAAGUAACAACACCAAGACCAAGAUUCGGUGAAACAGAAGACGACAUCACACACAAAGAAAGUUUCACGGUAACUGAAAAAUCUGUAACAACAUCAAAAGAACUAACAACUACUGAGCUCUACACUGUAGCACAGGAGGAAAUGACAACACAUACAGAAAGAUUCAAUGAAACGGAAGAAGAGUUGACAUCCAAAAAACCGACAACUACUGAGGUCUACACUGUAGCACAGGAGGAAAUGAUAACACCCAGACAAAGAUUCAAUAGAACAACAGAGAAGUUGACACCCAGAGAAGAUUUCACCGUGACUGAGAAAUCAGUAACAACGGAAGCAUCAACGACUACUGACCUUUACACUCUAACUCAGGGGAAAGUGACAACACCAAGACAAAGAUUCGGUGAAACAGAAGACGACUUCACCCACAAAGAAGAUUUCACUUUAACUGAAAAAUCAAUAACAACGGAAGUACCAACGACUACUGACGUUUACACUGUAACUGAGGGGAAACUGGCAUCAACUCAAGAGAUAUACGAUGAAGGAGAACGGUUGACAUCCAAAAGAGGUUUUACAGUAACUGAGAAACCAGGAACAACACUGGAACUUUAUGAAUUAGGAAAGGAAAAUAAAACUAUUACUACUACUGACAACUACCCUGUAACACAAAAACAAGCAACAGUACCUAGAGAAAAAUAUAACUUGACACGCAAGGAUGGUUUUGCUAUAUCUGAGGAAUCAGUAACCCAACUGCCUUCGUCAUUUUUCCUCCCAAGUAAAGAAUGGACGACAUAUUUCACACAAUCUUCCACUCCAUCAACAGAAGUUUCAAAAGAGGUUACAAGAAAUAUUACUCAAGCCAAAGAGUAUUCACAUGAAAGGAAGGAAUGGUCAACUUAUUCUCCUGUGAAAGUACAUGCUGUCAUAACAAGUAUUAUUGACGAAUCUCUAAUAUUAGAAGAAUUGAAUUCAACUCGGCAUUCUUUAGAGGAAACAGAGAUUAUGACAUCAACACUUCCAACAUUCGAAACUUCGAAAAUCUCAGUAUUCUCUAGAAAUAUUUCUGAUGCAACGCAAGCUACCACAGAAAUAAAUGCAGAACUACCGAAAACAACAAUAACAUUGAACACAUCAACUGUACCUAUUGCUACUCUUCUCACCAGUUCAACUACCCCUUCAUCAGGUAUAACAUUUGUAGAUGUUGCUAAAGAAACAACCCUGGCUUCAACUGAAGCUACAAAGGAUCAAGAUGUUCAAGAAAGAACCGAAGCCAGAGUUUUAGAAUUGACACCUAGCUCUUUUACACCAACAGACGAGGUUGGAGAUGAAGUAACCACUAGCUUUGUUGCAUUAACAGAUAAAACAGUAGAAGCCAUUACAUCUGUUGAAAUUGAAAAGAUGAGUUCAAGUUUGUCUUCAACCUCGAGUUAUCAGAGUUCGCUAAAUAAAACGGAACUAGAAGAUAUUGAAGUAAAAAAAUUAUCAGCUAAAAAUGAUGACGAUUCAAUUUCUACUACAGAAUCAACCACUGUUCCGUACGUCGCACAAACAACAACACCACGACAACCAGUGUGUAUUUUUGACGGAAGAAUUUAUCAAUCAGCUGAACAGAUUCGAAGAGCUGAUCCUUGUGAAUUUUGUUUCUGUUUCCGUGGUGAUAUCCUCUGUAUUAAACAGACGUGCCCGCCCCCUAGCGUCGGUUGCAAAGCCGUAUCUAUAAAUGGAUUCUGUUGUCCACGCUAUGAAUGUCCAGUGAAGAUGAUGAACAUGACGAUGACGACUGAACAUCCACCAACUAAACUGCGCAGAGUGCUAAAACGGUCGGUGAAAGUAGAAGGUUGUCAAAUAAACAACGAAUUCUACACAGUCGGAGAAAGGAUAUCGUCAAUGAGUAACCCAUGUAUGCGGUGCCGAUGUGGACAAAAGGGUUUAAUGAUAUGCGAUCCCCAUCCUUGCCAACACGAGGCAUCAUUACUCUUACAGAUGAAUAAGAAGUUUUUUGGAAGUCGAUAG